AUGGACCAGCCUGCGAGACAACUGGGCAUAUUCCCUGCGUCGGGCGCCCUCGCCUCCAGCACGCUGUCCCACCUCUCCCCGGCCUUGGUCCCGCCCCGGAACCUGACCCUCGUGUGCCGCCACCCGUCCAAAGUCCCGCAGCCGUACGUCCAGGGCGGCGCCACCGUCCGCGAGGCCUCGUACGAGUCCUCCCCGGAGGAGCUGCAGGCCGCUUUUGCAGGCGUGCACGCGCUCUUCCUCGUGUCCUACCCUUCGCACGUGCACGACCUCCGCACGCGGCUGCACCGGCGGGCCGUCGACGCCGCCGCGAGGGCCGGCGUGCGGCACAUCUUUUACUCGUCGCUCGCCUUCGCGGGGACGGCCGCGUCGGUGUCGUCGCGGGCGGUCGUCAUGCAGGCGCACCUCGACACGGAGCGGCACUUGGCCGAGUUGGCAGCGUCGUCGCCGACAUCGGACAGCGGCGAGGACCACCGCCGUGAUGGCAGUCUGACGUUCACAUCGAUCCGGGAAGGCCUGUACUCCGAGUCGUUCCCGAUCUACACGGCGUUCGCCAUCAAGCCCGGCAGCGGCAGCCCGCCUCCCGACGAGAUCCUGAUCCCCCAUGACGGCUCGGCGCCAGGCGUCGCGUGGGCCAAGCGCGACGAGCUCGGGGAGGCGAGCGCCCGGGUGAUUGCGCGCUAUCUCGCCGAGCCCGAGGCCUACCCGGCCGAGUGGGUCAACGGUACCCUACUGCUGACUGGACCGCGGGUGUGGACGCUGCGCGAGACAGUGGCGGCGUUGAGCGAGGCGAUCACAGGAGACAGGGACAAGGUCCGCAUUCGCCAAGUCUCAGCUGAGGAGUACGCCGAGCAGGAGCAGGUCAAGGCCCGGUUUGGCAGUGCAGAGACGGCAGUAUCAUGGGCCACGGCGUGGGAAGGCAUUCGGGCGGGUGAGACGGCGGUGAUUACAGAGACACUGGAGCAGCUGCUCGGACGGCCACCAGAAGCCUUUGAUAUCACAAUCAAGAAAAUGUUCGCACACUGA